AUGAAAAAGGGGAUCCAGCCCGCCCUGGAGCAGUACCUGGUGACCGCCGGGGGUGGGGAGGGGGCGACUGUCGUCGCCGCCGCCGCCGCCGCCGCUGCAGCCUCCAUGGACAAAAGGGCACUGCUAGCCAGCCCCGGCUUCCCCGCCGCCGCCGCCGCCGCUGCAGCCGCUGCCGCCGCCGCCGCCCCGGGCGCGUACAUCCAGAUCCUCACCACGAACACGUCCACCACCUCCUGUUCCUCCUCCCUCCAAAGCGGCGCCGUCGCCGCCGGCCCUGUCCUCCCCUGUGCCCCCGGCGCGGAGCUGACGGCCGGCAGCCUCCUCUACACCACGCCGCACGGACCCUCCGGCAGAGCCGGGCUGCUGCAGCAGCCACCAGCGCUGGGACGCGGCAGCAGCGGCGGCGGCGGCCCUCCGGCCAAGCGAAGGCUGGAGCUAGGAGAAAGCGGUCAUCAGUACCUCUCGGAUGGUUUAAAAACCCCGAAGGGCAAAGGGAGAGCUGCACUGCGAAGUCCAGACAGUCCCAAAACUCCAAAAUCUCCCUCAGAAAAAACACGGUAUGAUACAUCACUUGGUCUGCUCACCAAGAAGUUCAUUCAGCUACUGAGCCAGUCACCUGAUGGGGUCUUGGAUUUGAACAAGGCAGCAGAGGUGCUGAAAGUGCAAAAGAGAAGGAUUUAUGAUAUCACCAAUGUACUGGAAGGCAUCCACCUCAUUAAGAAGAAGUCUAAAAACAACGUGCAAUGGAUAGCCUGCAAAUACACUUGGCAAGUACUCAAGGGCCCAUUGAGGUUUACUUGUGUCCAGAAGAGACUGAAACACACAGUCCAAUGA